GCACAUUUACUAAGGCUCCGGAGUCAGUCGAUGUUCACGCGCUGCGCCCGCUGACAGCUCGCCUGGAGGCUUUUGCACUUUGCACGCGAUCUUAUUAGAAAGCGUUUUAAGCGAGAAGUCUUGGAAGCCCAGGAGAGAGGUCUUGUUGCGCCACCUUCUUAAUCGCAUUUUUGACUUCGCAGAGAGAGAGAGAAAUCGGAGUAAACACGGCAUAUUACUAUGGCAGAUGAUGAAAAUGCCUGUACCGGUGGGAUAUGCCAAGGCUGCGACAAUAGCAACUGCAAUGUGUUGAGCUGGGAGCAAGUACAGAGGCUGGAUAGUAUCCUCACUGAGACAAUUCCCAUCCAUGGCAGGGGGAACUUCCCCACCCUGGAGAUGAAGCCCAGGCAGAUCGUGAAGGUGGUAAGGAGUAGACUGGAGGAAAAGAAUAUCGGUGUCCGGGAUGUCAGGCUUAACGGUUCGGCAGCUAGCCACAUCCUUCACCAGGACAGCGGCUUGGGCUAUAAGGAUCUGGACCUAAUCUUCUGCGCAGACCUUAAAGGAGAGGCUGAGUUUCAGACUGUCAAAGACGUGGUCUUGGAUUGCCUUUUGGAUUUCUUACCCGAAGGAGUUAAUAAAGAGAAGAUCACCCCUCUCACCCUAAAGGAAGCUUAUGUUCAGAAAAUGGUGAAAGUCUGCAACGAUUCUGAUCGGUGGAGUCUCAUAUCCUUAUCCAACAACCAUGGCAAAAAUGUGGAACUCAAAUUUGUGGAUUCCUUGAGGAGGCAGUUUGAAUUCAGUGUAGAUUCUUUUCAGAUUAAGUUGGAUUCCCUUUUGUUUUUUUAUGAAUGUUCAGAGAACCCCAUGACUGAGACCUUCCAUCCCACUAUCAUAGGGGAGAGUGUAUAUGGGGAUUUUCAAGAAGCCUUUGAUCACCUUUGUCACAAGAUCAUUGCCACCCGGAACCCCGAGGAGAUUCGUGGAGGCGGCCUUUUAAAAUACUGUAAUCUUUUAGUAAGAGGCUUCAGGGCAGCCUCAGAGUCUGAGAUGAAGUCCCUGCAGAGAUACAUGUGUUCAAGGUUUUUCAUUGAUUUUUCAGACAUUGGCGAACAGCAAAGAAAACUGGAAUCCUACUUGCAGAAUCACUUUGUGGGAUUAGAAGACCGCAAGUAUGAUUAUCUUAUGACUCUGCAUGGUGUGGUCAAUGAAAGUACAGUGUGUCUCAUGGGACACGAAAGAAGGCAGACUCUGAGCCUUAUCUCCAUGCUUGCCAUCCGUGUCCUGAUUGAACAAAACAGUAUUCCAAAUGUGGCGAAUGUAACUUGCUACUACCAGCCAGCCCCUUAUGUAGCAGAUGCCAAUUUCAGCAAUUACUAUAUUGCCCAGGUUCAACCUGUCUUCACAUGCCAGCAGCAUACAUACUCCACUUGGUUACCCUGUAAUUAAGACAACAUGAAAGGCUUCUCAUAGGAAAAUGUCCUCAUAACUUAUGUAAUGAGGAUUCCUGGUUAUAAAAAUGGGGUGUAAUUUUGCGCAAUGAUGACCUGCUCUAUAUUUAAGUCUUCAUGGAGCUUGUGGUUCAUGUAGAGUACAUGGGAGCUUGAUCCAAAUCAGAAGACCCAAAUUAAUAGAGGUCAACCCCAGAGCACAAAAGUCAGUUAUUUUAAAAGGAAAGGUAGCCUUCCACAAUAUAAGAUGGAGGAAUACUUUAAGAAAGUACAGGCUGUUGAUUCUUGGCUUUCUUAACAUUUGAAAAAGAAGUGGUUGGUCAGUUGUAUGGAUUUUACAACAGGGAGUGAUAUUCUCAAGGAAAUUAUCUUUCCUUCUGCAUUUCAGGUGAAUGUAGCAAAUGAGAAGAAAAAAACAAAACAUUUGGUGUUAGAAUGACCUUUAGGGUUUACAGCAAGUUCUGUCUCUGAAUUAUGCAGAAUGUAUAACUUUCUUGCAUAGAAUGCUAUUCCAGACAUGGCUUGCUCCAAGUGAACCACAGUUGGGUGGCACAGUUCUAAAAACAUUAAGUCUUUUGAAGAUCCAUUAUUUCCAGAUGUAUGCAUGAUUCACAUUUUUGAAAUGUGACCUGUGCAUGGGAGAGUUAGCGGUAGCAAAAAAAAAAUGCUUAAGGACCAAAGAUUUCUUAAAGAAUUAUACCCAAAUGAUAGAGUUGGGAAUGGAACAUUAUUUGUGUACUUGUUAACUUACUGUAUCAAAGUGCCUGUUGCCUUCAAAAAAAUAAUAA